AUGACCUCAACCUUACCAAUAUCGUUUUCUAUCACUCACAUAACCGCCUCCUCGGCCAUAUUGCAUAUAGAUGGCAUCAACUUCAUCACAGACCCCGUCUUCUCUCCGGCCGGCAAAGAGUGGGAUAUGGGCCCAACCGUGCUCAAGAACACCAAAGGCCCGGCCCUAAAGCUCAGAGAUCUCCCUGUUAUUGACUUCGUGCUUCUAAGUCAUGAAGAUCACCCGGAUAACUUGGACGAACUCGGUCGGCGCCAUCUUGACGACCGUAGGGUUCUCACGGCACAGGACGGAGCCCGGAAACUCGCGCCUCGUCCUGGUGUGACUGGGAUGCCGCGUCAGAAUCUUCCCGGAUGUGGAGUAAUUGGCUUUGUGGUGAAAGAAGUAACUUUUGGAGAGAUAAACGGCCUGCCCAACGUCAUUUGCAUCUCUAGCGACACAGUUGCGGCAUCAGACCCUCCUUUGCUGGUUACCAUGGAUGGGAAACAGGCUGCGCGGCUGUUCCGCGAGAUUGGAGCGGAUAUCCUGGUGCCAAUGCAUUACGAAUUCUGGGAACAAUUUGCGGAGAAGGAGGAUCAGCUGAGAGUAGUAUUUGAACAGGGAGAUGUUUCUGACCAGGUGCGAUGGCUGGAGCUAGGGGCCGAGAUAAAGAUAUUUCAAUGA